AUGAAGGCCAAUACCCUCGUCCUCGCAGCAACCCAGGCACUCCUCGCCGCGGGCAACCCCGUUCCCGAGAUCCAAGAGCGCCAAUCCUGCCCAGGCGUCCACGUCUUUGGUGCCCGUGAGACAACUGUGUCUCCUGGAUUUGGCUCGUCUGGCACCGUUGUCAACUUGAUCACACAAACCUACUCCGGCUCUACCUCCGAGGCGAUCAGCUAUCCCGCAUGUGGAGGCCAGGCGUCUUGUGGAAGUGUCAGCUAUGCGGACUCCGUCAAGCAGGGCGUGUCUGCCGUCGUUAGCGCAGUGAACGCUUUCAACAAGAAGUGCCCCAGCACUUCGCUCGUGCUCGUGGGUUACUCCCAGGGAGGCCAGAUCUUCGAUGACGCAUUUUGCGGGGGUGGAGAUACCGCCGAGGGUAUUACUAGCACCGCCGUUCCCUUGUCUUCGGCCGCUGUCUCGCAGAUCAAGGCAGCUAUCUUUAUGGGCGACCCUCGCUUCGUUUCUGGCCUGUCAUACGAGGUUGGCACUUGCAAGGCUGGAGGGUUCGAUGCCCGCCCCUCUGGUUUCUCAUGCCCCAAUGCCGCCAAGAUCAAGUCGUACUGCGACGCAGCUGACCCUUACUGCUGUAACGGGAACAACGCUGCCACUCACCAGGGCUAUGGAAGUGAAUACGGGCAGCAGGCUCUCACUUUCGUGAAGAGCAAGAUUCCUGCUUAA